AUGAAACUUAUAACAUUUCAUAACGUAGACCAGCUGCGCAACCAGCCAAUUAACGACGCGUCACCUCAAAGUUCACUAAACGGACUUACGAGUGAACAGAUAUUCGAGAAAUAUUUCAAAUGCUUUGACGGAUUAGGACGCAUAUCAGACCCUUGUCACAUUAAGAUUAACCCUGACGCAACGCCUGUUGUUCAUCCACCUCGUAAGCUUCCUUCAGCGUUGAGAGAUCGAGUCCAGAACGAACUACAAGAAAUGGAAUCCAGGGGGAUCAUUAAGAAAGUCAACGAGCCCACGGCAUGGGUAAACUCCAUGGUAGUUAACGAGAAACGCUCGGGAAAAUUACGUAUAUGCAUUGAUUCACGAGAUCUCAACAAAUCUCUGCGCAGAGAGCAUUACCAACUCCCCACACAGCAAGAUAUUACAAGCCGCCUGACAGACGCCAAAUUCUUCAGUAAACUGGAUGCGAACUCUGGAUUUUGGCAAAUGCCACUUGACGAAGAGAGCUCUUAUUUGACGACAUUUAAUACGCCAUUUGGUCGUUAUCGCUUUACUGUGAUACCAUUUGGUGUCGUGUUUGCACAAGAGGUGUUUCAUAAAACUGUCAACGAGAAAUUUCAUGAUUUACCCGGAUGCGAGACGGACAUCGAUGAUAUUUUGAUUUGA